AUGCGAGGAAAACCCCGGAAAGCGGUACCCACCGAAGAGACCGAAAACAACCACAGAAACGAGAAGAAUGGUGCCCAUGGGAGAGGGGAAACAAGGAGGCCGGCCCACGGCGGAUGCACAGGCGCAGGGCGCAGAGAGAAGGCGGGCACGGGACAGGGCGAGGAUUUUCCCAAGAGGUCCACGGCCCGAGGGAAAAAGGCCGCCGUGCGGGAGGGGCAGCAGACAAGACGGAACGACAGGCAGCAGGCACCAGCACCACCACCGCCAAGGACCACCGCCAAACCACCACCAGCACACCACCGCCAAGACCCACCGCCAACCACCACCACCACCGCACCACGCAACCGCAACCAGCACCACCACGCCAAGGACCCACCCGCCACACCACCAGCGCCACCACCGGCCAACAGACCAAACCGCCAACACAACACCACCAGCACCACCCACCGCAAGACCACCGGCCAGACACCACCAGAGCCACCACCACCGCCAAGACCAGCCGGCCAACACCACCAGCACCACCACCGCCAAGACCACCGCCAACCACCCACCACCACCAGCACCACACCGCCAACACCACCAAGCACCACCACCGCCAAGACCGACCGCCAAGACACCACCAGGCACCCACCACCGCCAAUACCACCGCCAACACCACCACCACCAACAGAAGCAAGCGAGUAG